AUGAAUCGCUAUGAAUGCUUACAGUGUGGGAAGAGUUUCAGUCGGAAUUCAAGCCUUAACACCCAUCAUAGGAUCCACACAGGAGAGAAGCCUUAUAAAUGCUUAGAGUGCGGGAAGUGUUUCAGUCAGAGUUCACACCUUAACACCCACCACAGCAUCCACACAGGAGAGAAGCCUUAUAAAUGCUUAGAGUGCGGGAAGUGUUUCAGUCAGAGUGCAUACCUUGGAAUCCAUCACAGGAUCCACAGAGGAGAGAAGCCCUAUAAAUGCUUAGAGUGUGGGAAGAGUUUCAGUCAGAGUUCACACCUUUACACCCACCACAGCAUCCACACAGGAGAGAAGCCUUAUAAAUGCUUAGAGUGUGGGAAGAGUUUCAGUCAGAGUAUCGGGCUUGACACCCAUCACAGGAUCCACACAGGAGAGAAGCCUUAUAAAUGCUUAGAGUGUGGGAAGAGUUUCAGUCAGAGUAUCGGGCUUGGCAGGCAUCACAGGAUCCACACAGGCGAGAAACCUUAUAAAUGCUUAGAGUGUGGGAAGAGUUUCAGACAUAGUUCAGGCCUCGACACCCAUCACAGGAUCCACAGAGGAGAGAAGCCCUAUAAAUGCUUAGAGUGUGGGAAGAGUUUCAGACAGAGUUCAGGUCUUGACACUCAUCACAGGAUCCAUAGUGGAGAGAAGCCUUAUAAAUGCUUAGAGUGUGGGAAGAGUUUCAGACAGAGUUCAGGCCUUGACACCCAUCACAGGAUCCACACAGGAGAGAAGCCCUAUAAAUGCUUAGAGUGUGGGAAAAGCUUCAGUCGGAAUUCAAGACUUGACACCCAUCAUAGGAUCCACAGAGGAGAGAAGCCCUAUAAAUGCUUAGAGUGUGGGAAGAGUUUCAGACAGAGUUCAGGCCUUGACACCCAUCACAGGAUCCACACAGGAGAGAAGCCCUAUAAAUGCUUAGAGUGUGGGAAAAGCUUCAGUCGGAAUUCAAGACUUGACACCCAUCACAAGAUCCACACAGGAGAGAAGCCCUAUAAAUGCUUAGAGUGUGGGAAGAGUUUCAGUCAGAGUAUCGGGCUUGACAGGCAUCACAGGAUCCACACAGGCGAGAAACCUUAUAAAUGCUUAGAGUGUGGGAAGAGUUUCAGACAUAGUUCAGGUCUUGACGCUCAUCACAAGAUCCACACAGGAGAGAAGCCCUAUAAAUGUUUAGAGUGUGGGAAGAGCUUCAGUCAGAGCUCAAACUUUUACGCCCAUCACAGGAUCCACACAGGCGAGAAGACUUAUAAAUGCUUAGAAGAGCUUCAUUCACCAUAGAAACUUUAAACAGCAUCAAAGAAUCCACUAAAGGCAGAAAUCCUUUAAUUGCAUUUCUUAGCAUACUGGAAGAACUUCCAACAUUAUAAGUACCUGAAAUCACAUCAAAGAACAGACACAGGAAGGAUUUUUUUCAAUCCCAGCAGUUUCCGGAAAGAAGGAAGAUCUUCGAAUGGAGGACAGCCAUUCCCUUUAAAAGAAGCAAGCCCAGGAGGAAAGACCUUGAAUUAAAAACAAAUAUCCAUGCCACGUUCAGCCUAACAGAUCUGUCGAGGGCUUCUCAGCUUCAUUGAGCCACCAGUGUGUUGAGAAAUGAGAGCUGUUAAGGGCCGGGCAGAGGAGUUAUUUUGGCCUUCUGUGUGCCGUAUGGUGUCCUGCGCUGUGGUCAUUUCCAGAUUCCCAAAGACCUUGGAGGGCGAUCAGCAGCAGAGCAGUGGAGCUACACCGCAGAGGUGUCUUUUCUCCUGGACAGGCGCGUGCAGUCUGUGCAAGCAAAGAUGCUCUUUUUUGUUACAAGCAGUGGACUCCGUAGCCCCAAAGGCCUCCUCUCUUGGCACCAUCUUGCAAGUUCCUGGGAACGUUGUACGAAAUAUGCCUGGAAGGGUAGCAAACCCACCCUGCUGAUCACUGCAAGAAAUAUGUGAAUGUGCUGAGCCGGAAGCCUUCUCUGAUGCUCCUGCCUGAUUAGGGAAAUGAUCAAUUGGUUUCCAGGUUUGAGUAGAAGUGGACUCGGUUUCUUCCACACCGCCCACAUUGAACGAUAAAGAGCUGACUAAAACACCCUCUCCGGG